AUGCCAAAUCCACUCGACAUAAUCACUGCUCUCUUUCUGUGUUCUGAUGGUUUUGUACAGCAGGAAAUCGCACUAAAAAUGUCCAUGUGUCAGUUCUCUUUUCCUCUGCUGCUUCCAAAUUGUGACACCAAUCAGUGCACACUCAUGCUGUGGGCCAUGAGAGACAUUGUUAAAAAGUACAGACCUCAGUCUCUGUCAGAGUCCAAGGGCUUCAUUGAAGACAGAAUCGUUCUCUCUGAACUUCCAAUGAUCUCUUUUGUCAGACUGGGUGAGUGCUCCUCAUCCAAAUCAGAGAUUCUCAAUAAGCUUCUGAGCAAUUCUCAGCAGUACCAUGACACCUUUGUUCAUCGCAACAUGGAGUGUGGUGACAGUCCAAGAGCAAUAUCCAACGGACUGACUGAAAUUACUUGGUAUCUUCCUGGUGGAAACACAAACAUUGAUAUUUUCAGUCAGCCAGUGGCUGUAGCUAACCUUCGUGGGGACAUUGAAUCUUUUGAAACACAAUACUCCUUUUUGUGUCAGACAUCUGCUGCAGUUUUUGUGUUCUUUGACGAUUUGGACUCUGAGUCCGAGCGCAGUCUACUCACUAACCAAAACCACAAGACACAGAUCUUUUUGGUUGGUAAUGGUGAAAGUAAUUACGAGGUUUUAAGAACAGUAGCAAACAAAUUGGGCUUGAAUAAUAACAACAUCAUAACUAAGAAGAAACAAAAGAAUGAUGCAGAUUUUAUACACUACUUGCAAUGUAUAAUCAGAGAUGUAGUUGAGAACUCAGCAAUGAAGAUUCCAGUAGAGCAGAUGGCAGACAUUGCACAUAAACUGGGAAUCCUGGUUGAUGAAGACUCUCCAGAGUGCCAGACUGCAAAGAGAAAUGCAGAAGCCAUCACUGCUGAAAUUCAAGACAUCCUGAAAUACAAAGAAGAUCAGCUUCCACGACAAGGUGAAAUAUGGAAAGAACUGACCUGGUUACAGAGGGAAGAAUGUCAACUUCAGAAGAUUGGCUCUAAAAAUAUAGAAGAUUACAAAAGCGAACUUCAGAAAAAGAAAAAAGAACUGCGGAAAAAGCAGAAUUCUUAUGACAUGUCGACAGCUAUGACGUGCUUUAUCAAUGCAAUAUCAAGCCCAGGAACAGAGAGGUUUUAUUUCUUGAAAUGGAUGCGAAUGAACCUCGAUAACAUGUCUCGUGUAAAACUGUCUGACCUUCGUGAGAAAUAUAAAGAAAAACGCAAGAACCCUGAGAACAAAGAGGAGAUCAAAGAAAUUGACAGACAAAUUUCCAACAGCUCACUGGGGACUGAACACUUCUUCCGUGAAAUGGGUCAGAUCUAUGAAGCCUCACUGUCCCUUCCACAAACAGAUCCAGCACGUCAACAGCUGCAGCAUCUGCCCAAACUGUGUGCAGAGUUGUUGCUUGAUGGAUUUCCUCUUGAGCUUGUAGAUGGAGAUGCAUCCAACAUCCCUCUCAGAUGGGUGAGUGAUGUUCUCUCUCAGCUCAGUGACUUGGUGUCUCCAAACAGAAAGAUCCUGGUAGUCACAGUUCUUGGAGUUCAGAGCACAGGAAAGUCCACUCUCCUUAACACCAUGUUUGGAGUGCAGUUUGCAGUCAGCAGUGGUCGAUGUACUCGAGGUGCCUUUAUGCUGCUCAUCAAAAUCAAUGAAGACAUGAAAAAAGUCCUAAACUGUGACUUCAUUCUGAUCAUUGACACUGAGGGCUUAAAGUCACCAGAACUUGCACAACUGUACAACAGCUAUGAGCACGACAAUGAGCUUGCUACACUUGUUAUUGGGCUGAGUGAUGUCACCAUUGUUAAUAUUGCAAUGGAGAAUUCAACUGAAAUGAAGGACAUCCUACAAAUAGUUGUGCAUGCUUUUCUCAGGAUGAAGGAGGUGGGCAAAAAGCCGAGAUGUGUGUUUGUUCACCAGAAUGUGUCCGAUGUUUCAGCCCAUGAGAAGAACUCACGAGACAGGAAACUGCUCCUGGAACAGUUAAAUGAGAUGACCCAGGCAGCAGCCAGAAUGGAAAAGAAAGAGGAGAACAAGAGCUUCACUGAUGUGAUGGAGUACAGUCCAGACACUGGGAACUGGUACAUUCCUGGACUCUGGAAUGGAAACCCACCAAUGGCACCAGUCAGUGUAGGGUACAGUGAGGCUGUAUAUGAGCUCAAGAAACACAUCAUCAAACUGCUGGGAAACUAUGAGUGUUCAGCUAAGGAUAUCUUGGAUUUCAAAGAGUGGAUGGAAAACUUAUGGAAUGCAGUAAAGCACGAAAACUUCAUCUUCAGCUUCAGAAACAACCUAGUAGCUGAUGCAUACAUGAGACUCUGCACAGAAUUCAACAAAUGGGAGUGGGAAUUCAAAACAGCAAUGUACACCUGGGUAACAAAUGCAGAAAAAAGAAUUUCCAAUUUUGGUACAAUUGCUGUAAAAGCUGAAUCUUCUGACAUGAGAGAAUUUCUCACAUCUUUGAAAAGUGAAGCCUCCACAGUGCUGUCCACAUGGGAGACAAGACUUUUAGAAAAUCUGAGACAAUAUUUUAAGAAAACAGAGGGUCAUGUUUAUCUGGUUGAAGGAUACAAAGAGGAAUUCUCAAGCAAUGUAAAGAGCCUUCGGCGUGAAUUGGAAAGGAGUGUUUUUAAUCAGCUCACAGCAGCAGCAGAAAUAACACAGGAAAUGAUAGAAAUUGAUCAAAUAAAAGAGAAUCACAUAAAAGAGAUUGAAAAUGCAGUUUGGGGACUGGUUCACGAAUGCUGGAAAAAUAAUGAUCAGAUUAUUUUUGGAGAGACAGAACUUGAAAAUAAGUUUCACAAGAUGUGGAACGACAUGCUGAAGGGACUUCCUUGCUAUGUGAGGCUGCAGCGGACCAACUUCCUGUUCUCUCAGACGCAGUUCGGGAAAAGAUACGAGUGCUCCUGUGAUUCUUUCUCUGAGACUCUACCUUUAUUUUUACAGUUGGAAGUUACUGUAGCGCGGCACCGCAGCGGCGGUAAAGCCGAGCCGCGCAGCCCCAAGUCUCGCGAGAUUUACCGCGAGUUAUCGCGAGAGUUACCGCGAGAGUUCGCCAGCCCGCGGGAUGUAUUUAAACUUGAAACACAGUUGGAGAGCUUAUUGAAGGAUUUUGGCUUGGACCAGCACUACACAGUGAAGCUGUCACUCAGCAAAAUACUUGAAAUUGAUGAGAAGACCAUCACUGAUCUACCUGCCAAGUGCAAAUCAGACCUUCCAUGGUACUUUUUAAAGAAACUGAUGAUGGACACGAAACAGUGCACACUCAUGCUGUGGGCCAUGAGAGACAUUGUUAAAAAGUACAGACCUCGGUCUCUAUCCGAGUCCAAGGGCUUCAUUGAAGACAGAAUCGUUCUCUCUGAACUUCCAAUGAUCUCUUUUGUCAGACUGGGUGAGUGCUCUUUAUCCAAGUCAGAGAUUCUCAAUAAGCUUCUGAGCAAUUCUCAGCAGUACCAUGACACCUUUGUUCAUCGCAACAUGGAGUGUGAGCAGAUGGCAGAAAUUGCCCAUGAACUGGGAAUCCUGGUUGAUGAAGACUCUCCAGAGUGCCAGAGUGCAAAGAAAAAUGCAGAAGCCAUCACUGCUGAAAUUCAAGACAUCCAUAAAUUCAAAGAAGAUCAGCUUCCACGACAAGGUGAAAUAUGGAAAGAACUCACCUGCUUAGAGAAGGAAGAAUUUCGGCUUAAAAAAGUUGGCUCUAAAAAUACAGAAGAUUACAAAAGUGAACUUCAGCUACAGAAAAAAGAACUGCGGAAAAAGCAGAACUCUUAUUAUAUGUCGACAGCUAUGACGUGCUUUAUCAAUGCAAUAUCAAGCCCAGGAACAGAGAGGUUUUAUUUCCUGAAAUGGAUGCGAAUGAACCUUGAUAACCUGUCUUGUGUAAAACUGUCUGAACUUCGGGAGAAAUACAAAGAAAAAUGCAAGAACUCUGAGAACAAAGAGGAGAUCAAGAAAAUUGACAGACAAAUUUCCAACAGCUCACUGGGGACUGAACACUUCUUCCGUGAAAUGGGUCAGAUCUAUGAAGCCUCACUGUCCCUUCCACAAACAGAUCCAGCACGUCAACAGCUGCAGCAUCUGCCCAAACUGUGUGCAGAGUUGUUGCUUGAUGGAUUUCCUCUUGAGCUUGUAGAUGGAGAUGCAUCCAACAUCCCUCUCAGAUGGGUGAGUGAUGUUCUCUCUCAGCUCAGUGACUUGGUGUCUCCAAACAGAAAGAUCCUAGUAGUCACAGUUCUUGGAGUUCAGAGCACAGGAAAGUCCACUCCCCUUAACACCAUGUUUGGAGUGCAGUUUGCAGUCAGCAGUGGUCGAUGUACUCGAGGUGCCUUUAUGCUGCUCAUCAAAAUCAAUGAAGACAUGAAAAAAGUCCUAAACUGUGACUUCAUGGUGAUCAUUGACACUGAGGGCUUAAAGUCACCAGAACUUGCACAACUGUACAACAGCUAUGAGCAUGACAAUGAGCUUGCUACACUUGUUGUAGGGCUGAGUGAUGUCACCAUUGUUAAUAUUGCAAUGGACAAUUCAACUGAAAUGAAGGACAUCCUACAAAUAGUUGUGCAUGCUUUUCUCAGGAUGAAGGAGGUGGGCAAAAAGCCGAGAUGUCAGUUUGUUCACCAGAAUGUGUCCGAUGUUUCAGCCCAUGAGAAGAACUUACGAGACAGGAAACUGCUCCUGGAACAGUUAAAUGAGAUGACCCAGGCAGCAGCCAAAAUGGAAAAGAAAGAGGAGAACAAGAGCUUCACUGAUGUGAUGGAGUACAGUCCAGACACUGGGAACUGGUACAUUCCUGGACUCUGGAAUGGAAACCCACCAAUGGCACCAGUCAAUGCAGGCUACAGUGAGGCUGUAUAUGAGCUCAAGAAACACGUCAUCCAACUGCUGGGAAACUGUGAGUCAUCUGCUAAUGAUGUCUCUGAGUUUAAAGAGUGGAUGACAAGCCUGUGGACUGCAGUAAAGCAUGAAAACUUCAUCUUCAGCUUCAGAAACAGCCUCAUAGCUGAUGCAUACAUGAGACUCUGCACAGAAUUCAACAAAUGGGAGUGGGAAUUCAAAAAAGAAAUGUACACCUGGGUAAAGCGUCCACACUGCUGUCCACAUGGGAGACAAAACUUCUAG